AUGGCUGACGACGAGGAGCGCAUCAAAGCUGAGAAGCUGGCCGCAGCCAAGAAAAGGGUUGCCCAACUCCAGAAGAAAAAGAAGGCCAAGAAGACUCCCGCCGCUGGAGCAGACACAACCAAGGAGGCCGAGACCUCAGCAGAGGCAGAACCUACUCAAGAUGCGCCGAGCCCAGAAACACUGCAGGCAGAUGUCUCCGCGGAGGAGAAGCCAGACACGCAAGAUGAGUCGGCCGCGCAACCGGAGGCCGCGGGCCCUGAACAACCAGAGGAAUUAGAAGAACAAACCGCGCAACUUGCCACUGAUACGAACAUCGAGUCUCCUACCGAACCGAUGCCUCCAGCGCCCACAUCUCCUGACCCAGAGGCUGAGCCGCUGCCAGCCCGGCUCGAUACACCCCGCGCCAACCACGGCCGACAACCCUCGCUAUCAAUCCAGUCGAAGAUGCGGUCAUCCUCGUUCCGCAAGACCUCCGUCUCGCAGGGCAGCGUCUCCCCUCUCCUCCCCCGCACAAUCAUUACCGCCCCUAACCGGGGACGGGAGUCGGUACACGAAGUGUUCCGCAAACAGUCUACUAAGAUUGAGGAGCUUGAGAAAGAUAAUAAACGCUUGGAGAAGGAACUCUCGGAUGCAACUAUGCGCUGGCGCAAGACUGAGGAGCAAGUGGAGGAUCUGCGGGAAGCGAGUGUUGAUGGCGUGGAGUUGAAGGAAAAGUUGAAGCAGGCAGAAGAGAAAGCUGCAAGCAUUGAGUCGUUGAAAGAGGAAAUUGCUUCCCUUCAGCGACAGAACUCACAGCUCCAGACCCGGUCACAUCGAAACACAAGUGCGACAGAAUCACCGCCAGCAGACCUUGUUCGUCAGCUGGAGUCCAAGUCAGCCACUAUUGAGUCUAUGGAGUUGGAGAUCUCAAAUCUCCGCGCACAGGUCACUUCCCAAACAUCCUCUAACGAUGCACACGAGUCUCAGGUCGCAGCGUUAGAGGAGAAGGUUACAAAGACCCAAUCAGCACUAGAUCAAUCCCAGCGUGAAUUGGCAGACAUCAAGCAGGCAUUGACGCGGGCCUCCGAGAAAGCCGUCAAGGAAGGCGUCGACAAGACAUCCACCGAAACGCUGAUCAAGAAUCUCCAGCGUGAGAUCGAGGAGUACAAGAACGAAAAGAGCGAAUCGGAAAAGAAAAUCGAGACGCUAGACAAGAAACUACAGGCAAUGGGCAAUCUCCACAAAGAAAGCGAAGCCCGGCACCAAACCCGGCUACGCGAGAGCGAGAAAUCCGACAAAGAAAUCGCCGUCAUGCGAAAAAAGAUCGCCAGCAUCGAAAAUGAGAACCUCCGCCUCCGCGAAGAGAGUGAUCGGAUCCGAACUCGCCAGACCGGCGGAGGCGCCGACGACGACGCCCUGGACGAGCUCGAGGACGAAGAACGCCAGCGCCUUGAGCGCCGCAUCCGCGAGCUGGAAGGCGAGGUCUUCGAUCUGCGCCGCGGCGUUUGGCAAGAGAAGCGCCAGGAAAUGGAGCACUACCCGGACGACGGACCCAGUCCUGGCUCUGGCGACGCAGCCAAUGCAUUCGACGACGUCGAUCUCGUCGGUGGACGGCCCGACCAUGCCCGUCGCCGCAGCAUGGCCCAGCAACAGCACUCGUCUUUCUCCACGGUGCUUUCUAGCGGCUUUGCUGCCUUUACGGGAGCUGGUGGAAACCGUGCCCGCGCUUCAUCGUCUAACCCAUCUCAUCCCCCUGGUACCCGUGGUAGUCUUGAGCUUGUCUCCGAAGAGAACUUUGAUGACGAGUUCGAUGAAGAUGCGUUCGCGCGUGCGCAGGCUGAAGAGGAAGGCCGCAAGCGUGUUGAGUGGGUGCGCAAUAUCAAGAGCAAGCUGCAUGACUGGAACGGCUGGCGUCUGGAUCUGGUCGACAGCCGAGCCGGAGCAGAAGGUGCAGGCGUCGGCAUGGGCGAGAUAUUUGAGGUUUAG